AUGGCCACUACAAAUAAUGUGACUGAAUUAAUUAUUGCUGGCCUCUUCCAGGAUCCUGAGGUGCAGAGAGUGUGCUUUGUGCUGUUUCUUCCUGUGUACCUGGCCACGGUGCUGGGCAAUGGCCUCAUUAGGGUGACACUAUUACAAAAGAAAUGUACUCAUUACCCGACUUACGUAACAGUAACCUCUCUAACACUGCUGGAGGAAUAUCAAUACCAAAUUUCAAACUCUACUAUGAAGCCAUAGUAAUCAAAACAGCUUGGCAUUGGCAUAAGAACAGACCUCAGGACCAAUGGCAUGAUGAAAACCAUCACCCUGAAGGGCUGUCUGGCUCAGAUAUUCUUCUUCCACUUCCUUGGGGUGGCUGAGAUCUUGUUGCUGGUGGUGAUGGCCUAUGAUCGCUAUGUGGCCAUCUGCAAACCUCUUCAUUACAUGAACAUCAUGAGCAGUCCACUGUGCCACCUGCUGGUGGCUGGUUCCUGGAUGGGGGGAUUUCUUCAUUCCAUAAUUCAAGUUCUCAUCGCUGUGCAGUUGCCCUUCUGUGGUCCCAAUGUGAUUGACCACUACUUCUGUGACCUCCAGCCGUUAUUCAAGCUGGCCUGCACGGACACCUUUGUGGAGGGAGUGAUUGUAUUGGCUAAUAGUGGCUUAAUUGCCUUGUGCUCUUUCCUUAUCCUUGUGGCCUCCUACAUUAUCAUCCUGGUCCACCUGAGGAAGCAUUCUGCAGAGGGGAGGCGCAAGGCCCUCUCCACCUGCGCCUCGCACAUCACCGUGGUGGUCUUGUUCUUUGGACCGGCCAUCUUCCUCUAUAUGCGCCCCUCUUCUACCUUCACUGGGGACAAAUUGGUGGCCGUGUUCUACACCGUCAUCACCCCCAUGCUGAACCCCAUCAUCUACACACUCAGAAAUGUGGAGGUAAUAAAUGCCAUGAAGAAGUUGUGGGGCAAAAAAUCCUUAAUGGUGGGGUGA